GGAAAUCCAGAAAGAUUUACUGCUAUGAUAAAUUCUCUGGCAGACUCCUUAUCAAUCACGUGUAUGGCAGUAACUAAUCCUGCCACGUUCUUAAUUUACCAAGCAGACUUUCCCCAGCGAUCUGCAGCACUAUCAGCUCCAAACUAUCUUCUCUACAGACACUAAUCAUCUAACUAAAUGGCGCCGUCCUUCUUGUCAAGCUUAUUUGAUUUAUUCCAGGUUACACGAGGACUGAACAACACCUUCCUCACAGACCAGCAUGUCCCUAGCGCCAACUUGACAGGAAAAUGGAUCAUCAUAACCGGAUCCAACAACGGUGUGGGGUUUGAAGCGGCCAAAUCCUUCGCAGCCUGGGGAGCAAACCUGAUCCUCGCCUGCCGCGAACCACCAGCAUGGGAACUCCACCCCACAGCAGCCGUGGAAGAAUGCAAAGCUCUUGCCUCAACACAGGGCCAUGCAUCAACCAUCGAAUGGUGGGAAAUUGACAUGGCGGAUCUCAACAGCGUCGAGGCUUUCUGUCGGCGAUGGCUUGACAGCGAUCGCGCAUUAGACAUUCUCUGCAACAACGCCGGGGUUGCCUCGACAUCGAAAACUCGCAUGACGAAGGAUGGGUUCCAGUUGGUUCAUCAGGUCAACUUCCUAUCCCACGUCCUGCUGACCCUCCGACUCCUGCCGUCCUUGGCACGGAAUGCAGAGCCACGCAUUAUCUGCACCACGUCAUCCGUCCACCACUGCGGAGUCCUCGAUCUGGAGCACUUCAACGGCGGCGCAGAGAUGAAGGGCGGCGAUUACGGGAAUAACAAACUUUACUUCCAGAUGUGGGUUGCGGAAAUGCAGGCCCGGUUUCUCAAUCAUCCAGAAUACCUUCAUAUCACAAUCAACGGGGUCAAUCCCGGCUGUGUUGCUUCGGGUAUCUGGAACGAUGUCAAUAAAGCGCAUAAUACUGCGGAUCGAAUUUUGGCAUUUCUACUGCGCUAUAUUGCGAUUACGCCCCAGCAGGGUAGUCUUGCUAUCACGCAUGCUGCCACGAGUCCGGAGCUGGCACCGGACCCCGAGAGGCAGAUUAAGGGGUUUUCGAAUGGGCGUGGUGGAGGGAAAUAUAUCAAUCGCAUCUGGGAGGCGCCGUCAAAUUUCCAUUGCCAUGAUCUGGAUGCGAGAUCGAGAUUGUGGGUUAAAUUAGACGAGGAGCUUAAUCUCAGUGACAAGGGUCUUUUGGAUAUUCUAGGUCUUUGAUCGGAUUUUUUUCUUGUUGUUAUGAGCAAAAUAUCAUCUAUCCUGCCCUUCAUCAUAACUGGCCG